UUGACGGACGACGGACGAUCGGUUCAGGACGGGUUUUGUAUAUUACUCAUCGUUGAUUUAUGCUGUGUUUUUAAAUAUCAAAAAAUAUAAAACGAUUUGACAAAGAAAGUAAAUAUCAAUAUUUAUUAUUGUUGUUUAUAUAAAAGGCAGGAUGCAUCGGCGGCGAGGUCCUAAUUUCACCUACGUUAGUGGCUGUGUGAAAUAUAUGAUUUUUGUUUUGAAUUUUAUUUUUUGGCUGUUCGGUGGUUUACUGAUUGGUGUUGGACUGUACGCAUUUAUCGACAAAUGGCAGGCGACAGGUCUUAUAAAGCUGGAUACGGUGUACGAUGUUAUGCUUAACAUAAGCCUGCUGAUCGCGUUGCUCGGCGGCGUGGUGUUCAUCGUGAGCUUCGCUGGCUGCAUUGGGGCGUUGCGGGAGAACACGUGCCUCUUGAAAUUUUAUUCCCUCUGUCUGCUCAUACUAUUCCUGGUGGAAAUGGGUGGGGCGGUCUGCGGUUUUGUCUUCCCCCGUUCGUUACAUGGUCUCCUCGAGCUCAGCUUCACUGAACGCGUAGUCCAUGCGUAUAGAGAUGACCCGGACUUGCAGAACUUCAUAGAUUUCGCCCAGAGUGAUUUUCACUGCUGUGGCCUCACGUCAGACGGUUACAUGGACUGGUCCAAGAACGAGUACUUCAACUGCUCAUCACCGUCCGUGGAGCGUUGCGGAGUGCCAUUCUCCUGUUGCAUCAACGCCACAGAUAUUAGUUCGGGUCUCGUGAAUAUAAUGUGUGGUUACGGCGUACAAAACUUUCCCGUCGCCGAAGCGAGUAAACGCGUUUGGACGAGUGGGUGUAUAGAAAUCGUCCGAUCAUGGGCGGAAAGGAACCUGUAUACCAUCGCUUCUGCAGCACUAGGAGUCGCUCUCUCGCAGCUCUUCGUCAUUUACCUCGCUAAGACUCUAGAGGGACAGAUUGAAUUGCAGAAAGCCAGGUGGCAAACAUGAAAUAGGGGUGCAGCGGGCGCUUAUAGAGACGAGUGUCGGCGCGCGCUGCUGUAGCCGGGACUCGAACCCGCACCGCCCCGCACUGUGCCCGCUGUGUCGGUACACAUAUAGACUUGUUAGACGGGCGGACGAGCAGUGCCAUUAUAAAACUAUCCGGUGAUUUUAAAACUAAUCAGUGUUGAAUAAACCAGUGUGGUGUUAUCGAGCGUUACACGAGUAAAAUUUGUAUAUUAAAAACUUCUACGGCUUAAAAAAUGUCGCUAGCGAAGCUAAACAAUGCUAUCUCUUUCUAUCGUAUGUCAAAUCGUUGAUGAUAGAAAGAGAUGGAUUUUUAUAAAAAGGUGACUUUGUCUAAAGUAAAAGUGUUUUAUAAGUGUUAUUAUUAUUUAAAUUUAAUUAUAAAUAAUCGCUUGAUAAACACUAUUUAUAAGGUUGGUGCGCUGUCCAGAUAUAAUACUCGAUGGCUCAAUAUUAACGUUGCAUUAUAAACCUUACACGGUCGAAAUAAGGCUUAAAAUAGUUUGUAUUUUAGCGGCAUUGAUCGUGUGCCAUUGUAUUUAAGACUGAAGCGAUUAUAGAUUAGAUUAUACCUUUAUUGGAUAUAGUUCCAAAAAAUCAUCAGUUAUUAUAAUUUAUAAUAAUAAGUUCAAAUUAAGAACUUUGUCGCAUUUAUACGAUCUGAAUGUUUUAUUAAUUUUAAUUCGUCGUAUUUUUCAUUAUUGAAAUUACAUAAAUUUUAAAUGUAAUAACAAACAUAUAUAUAGGAUAGAUAAUAACGUUUAUUCAUUGGUUAGUUCAAAUUGAUUUCUGUAAAUCGACUCUCCCAUUGGUCGUUUACAAUGACGUGAUAAAAAAAAAUUAAAUUAAUUAAUGCCUCAAAAAAUAUUAGUGACUUCCACACUCUUACUUCCUCUAUUAAAUAAUUUAUAUUGCAUUUCUUUCAAUUACAAAGUAUAAUACAUAAG